AACGCAGUCGUUCGCUGCGCUGUGCGGUCGAUGUUGUUAGUCUCCUUGCACCCACGCGCAUACACACCAAUCUAUAUUUAUUAUACUUUUUUUGUACAAAAAGAAGAGGACGAGGAAAAUGUUGCGGCUGCUAACGCGGAGGCUGCUGAUCUCGAGGAGUUGACGACGACGAAGACGACUCUCUGAAGACACACGCGCAUGAUUAUUUAUAAAUUUGGCUUUUUAUUUUUUAUUUCUUUUUUUUUUUUUUAACAUUCGGAUUCGGAAGAUACUCUUAAUACAUACAUGUGCAUAUCAGUAGGACGUCGUCAUACAAUCUAUAAAACAAUCUUCGUACGCGAGGUUAUUAUCACAUCGUUAAGAUAAAUAAUAUAUAUAUAUAUAUAUAUGUACCUGUGUCUGUGUUUGUGGGGUGUCUCUUGUGCUCUCUGUCUGUGGUGAACGUGAAGGAAGAAGAAAUUAGAAAGAAAGAAAAGAGAAACGCGGCAGAGUCGCAGGCAAGGUCGAACUCAAGAGGAGGCGAAUAAAUACAAUAUAUUACAAGUGUCCAGUAGAAUAUACCCCCCGAGGAUGGCAGACUUUGACGCUAUCUACGAGGAGGAGGACGAGAUCGAGCAGGCCCUCGAGGAGCACUUGUACACAACCGUCGUUCCCGACCCCAUCAUCAUCCGCGGUGCUGGCAAUAUGACCGUGUUCGGGCUGAGCAACAGAUUCGAGUCGGAGUUUCCUAACGGGCUGGUGUCGCGAGUCGCGCCCGAAGAAUUCAAGGCGACGAUCAUGCGGAUAAACAGCGUGCUCAAAAAAACCCUACCCGUCAAUGUCAAGUGGCUGUUUUGCGGAUGCGUGUGCUGCUGCUGCACCCUCGGCUGUUCCCUGUGGCCCGUCGUUUGUCUCAGUAGAAGGACUCAGCACUCGUUGAACAAACUCUUGGAGUGGGAGAACAGUCGAUUGUAUCACAAGUUGGGUCUGCGAUGGAAAUUGACGAAGCAGAGGUGCGACAGCUCAUCGAUGAUGGAAUACGUGCUAUUGAUUGAGUUUAUUCCGAAAAUACCUCUUUACAAGCCGGACUAAGGAAGCGGAGGCUCGAGGACUUGUUUCUUUUUCCUCGCCCUCUUGGGUUGGUCGAUCGUAUGGAUUGAGGAAAUGAUGAUUGUUGAAUUGAAAACGAAUAUUCAAGAUCCUAACGUCCAGGUCCUAAUAAUGUAAACUAUUAUUAAAUAUUAUAUUGCAUUGAUAAAUGCGUGUAGUCAGACAAGAAAGAGAGCCAUUAUUACUAUGAUGUAGCCUUCAAAAAAAUUAUACGGAUAUUUUAAACGCGUGCUCACUCGGUUAAGUUUACCUAUACAUUAUACAUACAUAUAAAUAUACAUAUACAUAUAUAUAUAUAUAUAUGCAUUUGAUAAUUGUAUGAUAGGCAUAUUUUUGUAAAUACGAAUAGGAUAUAGUACAAUAAUUAUGUAUAGAGGUGUAGUUAAGUGACUAAAACGUGUUGCGCGUUGAAUUUUAUGAUUUAUACGAUUGGCGAAAAUUAACAAUUUAAUUUCGAUUUUCGUAUCUCUUAAGUUGAUCUCGUUAUUUAUUGUAACUGGUUUUUUUUCUCUUCUUUUCUUUACAUUUAAAAUAAUUCAAAUUAACUUUUAUUGUUUUUAGAAAUUAAAUUUUUACUACAGAAAUUUUGUUAGUGCGUCUUGAUAGAUCGUAAGUGGUUUUGUUGGAUUAAAUUUAGAUAUCGUUGCAAAGCCUAACUAAAAAUUAGAACUAACAGUUUCACAUGUAGACUUUGAGGAUGCGGUCCAGUUAAAGAGAGAAAGAGAGCAAAGUGAUCCUUUGAAAAAUAAAUUGGUGCGAUAUUUUGAGA